GCCGGGCGAGAAAGAACGUGCAAAAUUUUGUGUGCCCCUCUCAAAAAUGGAUACCGAAAAGAAACAAGAUGAUGAAAUAACCCUUAAACCGAAAAUGACGUUAAUUAAUGGAAUAACAGUGAUUGUGGGUAGUAUUAUCGGGUCCGGAAUUUUUGUUUCACCAUCGGGCGUGUUGAAAAAUACCGGCAGUGUCAAUGCUUCUCUUCUGGUAUGGACCAUUUCUGGAAUUUUUUCGAUGAUUGGUGCUUACUGUUAUGCCGAGCUAGGAACCAUGAUCAGAAAAAGUGGAGCCGAUUAUGCUUACAUAAUGGAAACUUUUGGGCCUUUCCCGGCAUUCGUGAGACUUUGGAUUGAAUGUAUGAUCGUCAGACCUUGCUCACAAGCUAUUGUAGCCUUAACUUUCAGCCAAUAUGUAAUGAAGCCUAUUUUCGUUGAUUGCGAACCACCCGAUAAUGCUGCUCGGUUAUUGGCCGCUUGCUGUAUUUGCGUUUUAACAUUUGUUAACUGUUAUGAUGUCAAAUGGGCGACAAGGGUUCAGGAUGUAUUUACUUAUGCAAAACUACUAGCCCUUUUUAUCAUUAUUGCAGCGGGAAUUUAUCAGUUAUGCCAAGGUCACUAUGCUCAUUUUACAUUCACGAAUACCAAGACUGAAGUCACAUCGUUGGCGUUGUCAUUUUACUCAGGAUUAUUUGCGUACAAUGGAUGGAAUUACUUAAAUUUUAUUAUUGAAGAAUUAAAAGAUCCAGUGAGAAACCUUCCACUUGCAAUUGCAAUUUCGUGCACAUUAGUGACCGUAGUCUACGUAUUGACCAACAUAGCGUUUUAUACCACUUUGUCUCCUGCAGAAAUUCUGGGAUCGAAUGCAGUAGCUGUCAGCUUCGCUAACAAACUUUUUGGGCCUCUUGCAUUAUCUAUCCCUGUAUUUGUUGCUUUAUCAACUUUUGGAGCUGUAAAUGGAAUAUUACUGACAUCAUCAAGAUUGUUCUAUGCUGGAGCCUGUAACGGUCAAAUGCCGGAAAUACUUACAAUGAUCCAGGCUCAAAGGUUAACACCUGCUCCUUCAGUUUUGGCAAUGGCCUUGCUGUCAAUGUUCUACCUAACAGUAUCAGAUAUAUACGCUUUGAUCAAUUAUGUUGGAUUCGCCUGUUGGUUAAGUAUCGGUGCCUCAGUACUUUGUCUCCCAUGGUUACGUUGGAAACAACCCAAUCUCGAACGACCAAUAAAAGUAAACUUAUUCUGGCCAAUCUCAUAUAUCCUAGGGACUAUAUUUAUCACCGUUGUGCCUAUGAUAGCUAGCCCUUACGAAACUGGAAUGGGAGUACUUAUGAUACUCUCGUCAGUUCCUGUAUAUUAUUUAUUUAUAGCGUGGACUAACAAACCUGUUUUUCUACAGAGUGCUUUAUGCUCUAUGACUGUAUUUUUACAAAAAAUGCUUGUCGUGGUUGGAAAAUCAAAAAAAGCUGCUGUAUAAUUUCGCCCAUAACGAUAAAAAUUAAUUAUUUACCUUGUCAAAAAAUUGGAGAUACCAUCCAGUUGUUAUUCAAAAUUAUUAUUUGUUUUAUUGAAUAGUUUAGUUUUAUGUUAUUGAGAGAUUUUUCCUCGUUUUUUGGCAAGGGUUUCCCACAACGCAAUGGACAAAGGUAAAUGGUUGUGACAAAGAAAUUGUUAUGAUAUAAAUAUUUAAGAAAAAAAAAACACAUUGUAAAAUAAUGUACCUAUCUUUACAUGUGUAUAUACCUAACAUAAAUACCUCCAUUUUGUGUAAAAAUAUUGUUACGUAAAACUGGGAUUAGAUAGCAACUAUAGCUAGUAAAUAAUGUGUGUGUGGUUUUAGCAAAAUUUGAUAAAAAGCUUAGAAUUUUAUAAAAUUUUGUAUUUGAAAACCAAGCAAUUUUCGCUUGUCGAUCAUUUGAUAACUUCUUUAAGUUAACCAAAAUCAUUUUUGCCUGUUUUUGAAUAUCUAUUUUCUAUUUCUACAAGUAUUUCAAUUUCAAAUAAGCUUUAUUGCCCAAAAAUUUCACAAUUUCAGUGUCAAAGCAAAAUAGUUGAUAGGUACUUAAAAUAAAUGCAAUUUUCAAUAAUUCAAACUAAACAAACACAAGACAAGAAAAGUUUGACAGGUUAAAACACAUUACAACAUUUCCAUUAACUCACAUUAUUUAUAAAGUAUAACACUAUAGCUACCACAUUCAAUCUUCAUAAAAUUCAGUAAGACCAUAAUAUGCCUUGGCGACCAGAUAGUUUUUUACAGACAUACAGAAGCUCUCUUUAAUGUCUUCAGGAAGAUGGUUAAACAUUUUUACACUUUCAUAAAUUAUUGAACUUUGCAAGCCAAACUGAUUCCGAUCGAGAACAUUAUUCCUCUUCAAAAAAUCCACUAGUUGCUCUUUAACAAUUUUCUCCAUGAUCUUCAAGAGAGAACUCAAUAGCGAAAUAGGUCGAUAAUGGCGAUGGAUCUGAACGCCCCCCGCCCCUUUAAAGUUUGGGAUUACCACCGCUGAUUUUAGACAAGGAGCAAAUAUUCCAGCGCCCAGAGACAAAUUAAUACAAGAGGCUAGUGCCUCAAGAGCACUGUCUGGCAAGUUUUUCAUGAUUUUUGAAGAAAUAUUAACGCUUCCUGAAGCAUUCUGGUUUUUUAUACUUCUGCAAGUUUUCCUGAUUUUAUGUUUGCUUCUUGUUUUGAAACUGAAGUUUUCUAUGCAAUAUAAUAUUUCUAUGCAGAUAUAAUGGCUGUAGAUAAUGUAACGGGUGAGUGUUAGAAUUUAGAUCAUCUGACAGAUUUCCUGCAAUUGUUGUGUAUUUGAAAGUAUUGAGUUUGUCAGGCUCAACAUCAAGGAAAUGUUUGGAUUUUUCUUUUUUUCCUGUAAAUUCGAUAAUCAAUUUCCAGUAUUCUCUGCUUUUGUAGUGGGUUUUUUUUGCCUCAAUAAUAACCAGUCUGUACCUAUUGAAAUACUUAUGGAAGCCUGACAGUCGGUGAACUUUCUUAGAGUAUGCAGACACCUUAAGUUUUUUGAAGAGACCUUGAUACCUUUAGUAAUCCAUAUUUUUUUUUUGUUUUGGCUUUUAUUUUUCCCAAAGCAAAGCUCUUAUUAAGUAGCUACGUCUCCAAGCAAUUUAUUUUUUCAAACAUUAUUUAUCCUAAAAAUGUUGUUUUUUUCUACAAUGGAAAAUCAAAAAUCUUCAUUUUUUGCAUUAUUGGAUUCAGAUUCGACAUUAAUGAAUAGGUAAGGGUGGAAAAAAUAGGUUCUAUUCAUUAUAGAAAACAAAACUCCCAUUCAUUAUAAAAUGAUCAAAAUUAUACUGUUGCUAAUUUUCGGUGCUUUUUUAAAAUUUGGGAUUCACCCAGUAAAUUUCUUCAACUACCUAUACAUAUAGACUUUCCAGAUAUAUUCCACAAACCACAAAUGAAAUUCUGGUUAAUCAAAUUCUUAAAAUACGGUAAAUAUUUAGGUGCGUUUUACAAUCUUGUAGUUUGUUUCAGAAUAGGUAUGACAAUUGAAUUGUUGGUACUCCAGAAAAAAGAAUCCUAAUAAUAUGUAUUGAAAUGGGUGGAUUUCACAAAAUUAGAAAAAUAUUACUAAUCUGAUUGAUUGAAAUAAAACUUCGUUUUUGGUUGAACUUUUUAUCAAAUUUUGGGUACAACGCAAGAAAAAAUGGUUUGGCCUAGAGUGAAGGUAAUAAAAUCCUAUUCCCAGAAUAGGCAUUCCUGACAAUAAAAUUUUCCUACGUUAGUCAUUUAGUAUUAUUAGCAUUUUUUAGGACACACGGUAUAUUUAGUAAUUUAUUGGUUUUUUAUAAAAUAUGAGAGCACAGGAAAUUUAAAUGUCUAUGCUGAAGAAGGCUCGAAAGUGGAUGGAUGAGGAAUAUUACACGCUGUUUAGAGAACUUGAAGAAGAAAAUCGAAAUUUUACAAAUAUUUUAAUUGCCUAAGUAGCUGAUUUCAAUAAUCUACUGUUAUUUGGUAGAAUUUUUGAAAUUUUGAUAUCAAAAAAAAAUUUACACGUUAUUUUCGCUAAUUAAUCUCUACAACAAAAAAAUUAUUAACUAGUAAGGCAAAACUUAUCAGAAUUUAAUGCGAACAUUUCUCCAGCCGAUGCCUAGCACCUAGCACCGUAGUGAGAAUAGGCCUUACAAUACAUUUUGCCUCAAUCCAUCCUAGGCGUUCAUAUUUUAGAAAUAACCUCAAAGACUAUUUGAUUAUUGAUCAAGAGUUGAUGUACUGAUUAGGUAUAAUUCAUAACAGCAAUUUGUAAUAACUACUUGAUUGGUAUUUUUGAAUUUAACUAAAGCAAUUGUCGAAACUCAUGAGAUAUCACCAUCACUUGGUAAAAAUUUACGUAGAAACAGCCAUUCUGCGUAGAUAUCUAUUUUUUAUUAGAUUCCUUAGUUCUACUUUACAAUUUGGUACUUUAGAAGUUUCUUAAAAUUUUCUGUUUGCUUUCAAAAACAUAUCGAUGGAAAUGAGAAUUUUUGCUGAUGAUGAUUGAUUAAGUACUUCAGUGUUUUAAGGCAUCAGUUCAAUAAAAGACUGUGAAAAAAUAAACAACAAAUGUAUUUUAUUUAUGAAAAAAAAACCCAGUUAUACUAAAAACGCAACUUUAUUCUUGACAAAAACAGAAAACAAAAAUUAAUCACCAUAACUUAUGCAUCACUCGAUCGUUCAUCUGUAGUCUCGACCUGCACCGGCGUAACUUCUUCUAUAUUUUGCGGAGUUGCCGUAAUGACACUGUCUUCUUCAUCCACUUGAAGCCCCAUGGUAGCUCCUAUUUUCGAAGAUGCUUUUUUGAAAGUAUCACUUAGCUUAGCUUGAACUACAUUAAUACACAUAGACAUCAAAGCUAAUCCAAAAACUAAAUAUACAAUGGAAACGAUCAUAAAUACUUGAUCUCUAGGUACAUAAUCACCAAAGCCAAUUGUUGACAUGGAAAUAAAUACAAAAUAAAACGCUUCGAAGAAGUUCCAUUUUUCUAUGACCAUGUACAUUACAGCUCCGCAGAAGAUGUAAGAAACUAAGAUGAAGAGUGCUACAGAAAUCGGUAGAUUAAAUUCAUCAUCAAUUUCAAAAUUUGAUAUUGCUGGAGUUGUAGGAGUAUCAGUGGUUUGAUGUUGGCUUUCGGCAUCUCCAAGAUUUGGGGUAUUUGGAUCAAAUAGUGAUGGUCUUUUGAAAGUGGCGUAGUCGUAAAGGUUUUGGGCGCCUUUGA